AUGGCUGAACCGAAGCCUAGCCACCUAGAAAGGACGGCAGCGGAACCGCGGGACGAGUCCCUACACAUCGUCACGUUGACUAAGAUCGACGAGAUCAAUGACCAAAUCAGACUCUUCCGCCUUGAGCUGUCGGCCCCUCUUCGGUUCUUACCGGGUCAAUGGCUCGACGUUUUCGUGCCGGGCGUAUCCAAGGCGGGCGGAUACACCAUCACCUCGCCGCCGUCUCUGGCACGGCCCCAUCUCUCCCCAGGAUCAGCACAUGCUCAAAGUCCGGGGUACGUAGAGCUCGCGGUACAAAAGUCGGUUGAUCCGCCCGCGGCGUGGCUAUGGCAGAACCCAGAUGAGAUUACCUAUGCGGAACUACGGGUCCGCGUCGGAGGUAGCUUCGUGUGGCCGCCCGCGGGUAUCGAUGUGCAAGCUCUAAGACAUGUGGUCUUCGUCGCUGGCGGCGUGGGGAUUAAUCCUCUGAUGAGCAUGCUCUCGAGUAUCGCGGAGACGGGCGCGGAUGCGCUGUUCCAGGUACAGUUUUUGUACUCGCUGAAAGAUGAUGGGUCGGGAGGUAGACACGCGGACCGCUUGCAGUUUGUGGAGAGGCUGGCUGGGAUAUUUGCUUCGGGGAGGGUGAAGGGGCAGCUAAGGCUGUUUCUUACGGGUGGGAGUGGGGAUGAAGGGGAUGGGGUUGUGCAUUGUGCGGGAGAGGGCGAGGGCGAGGGCGAGGGAAGAGAGAGUGAUGUGUCGUUUCAAGCGCGGAGGAUGACGGUCGAUGAUAUUGCGGUGGCGGUGGGUGAUGCUGAGGAGAGGAAGAAUGCGGUUGUGUAUGUAUGCGGUGUGCCUACUAUGACGGAUGAGUUCGUGCUGAAGUUGACUGAUACGAAGGCUGGGUUGGGGAUGGAACCCCAUCGGGUGCUGUGCGAGAAGUGGUGGUAGGUGUCUGAUCUAUAUGAAGAUAUAUUGAUAAGGGAAUGUUUUGUCUAAGUUCCAAUGUCUACAUAAGACUUCUGGAUACCUAUGGGAAAGACAUAUCACAUUUACGCUUGGCAUAUUCGUAUACAUAGUAAAUCCUCUAGAUGGAUAUUACACAAAUUAAAUUUCCUCCAACAAUUCCAAUAUAACUAGGUAACCUAGGUUAGUUGUUGUUUGAUAAUACCAUGAACCUACC